GGGACAGUCGAGUGAGAAAGAGCGAGAGAGAGGACGGAGGGAGCGAGUUGAGAACUCAUUUGCUAGAGAAGGGAAGGGACGACGAGCGCAUUUCUCUCUCUCAGAGAAAUGCGAAGGAGGAGAGGAUAAAAAUGGGAGCGAGGAACGAAAGACGUGGACGACGGGGAGUCAAGGGAACUGGAGGUGCCACAUCACUCAGCGGUCCCAAGUGGCAUGUAGCAGAGCCUGUACUUGCGAUGCCGCUGAACUUGCUUUGAGGCUGAGCUGAGUGCAGAGCAGAGCCGAGCCGAGCCAGUCCUGUGAGCGAGCAAGCCAGCGAGUGAGUGAGUGCCUGCCCCUUGAGAAGCGGGCGCUGCUGCUGUGCUGCUCCGCUUCUCUCCCGUCUCGGGCGUCGGCCCCCAGCCCAGCCCAGCCCAGCCCAGCCAGGCAAGCGAGAGGCGAGAGGCGUUCGUAGUGGUAGUAGUAGUAGUGAGCGAGGCUCGACGCCGAGGGAGCGCGACGACGUGGAGGCGUAAGUGCAAGCGUCGAAGCUUUUGGGCGCAGAAGAAGAAGCAGCAGGAGCAGCAGCAGCUGCUCUAGUUGUAGUCAGGCAGCCCUGCCCGGUACGGGGCAGUGACGACGAGCCGAGGUAAAGAAGAUUCACACCGAACGCCCGAAGAAGCAAGGACGGACAAGAGUCAGACACGUUCCGAGUGAGCGAGAGCGAGCGCUCGCUGCUGCCACUGUUCUGUACUUUCGGUGGUUUGGAUAGGAAAGGAGCAGCAGCGUCGGGGCGAGGCGAGCAGAGCAGAGCAGAGGAGAGGAGCGGGGAAGUGAAGGCAAGGGAAGGGAAGGGAAGUCGACCGAAGGGCAGGGCAGGGGAGGGGAGGGAAGGAGAUACGAGAGGCGAGGCGACGAGAGCUGUUGGUGGAACCGAGAGCGUGUCAGGCGCUCGAGGAAGGAAGCGGUGGUGCUUGAGCUGUGGCCGAGGAGGUUCUCGUAGAUUUCAGUGCGUUGACAGACCAUGCGGGCCGAGAGGCCUGCCGAGUCGAGAGGUUUCUGCUUGCUCGGGAUGAAAGCUUGGCGGUCCUUUAAGUAGUUGCGGAGGUAGAUUGCGGAACAGGGGAAUUGGGAAAAUGUCGACCACCAAGGUCACCUACUCGUCGGGGAGCUCAGCGAAAUCCAAGCACAGCGUGCGGAUAGUCCAGACCACCGCUGAUGCCAAGCUCCAGGCCGUGUUCGAGGAGUCUGGGGAAUCCGGCGACUCCUUCGAUUACACCAAGUCCAUCAAUGCGAGCAAAUCCACCGGCGAGAGCGUGCCCGCCCAGGCUGUGACGGCCUAUCUGCAGCGCAUGCAACGCGGAGGGCUCACGCAAACCUUCGGUUGCAUGCUCGCCGUCGAAGAGCUCACCUUCAGGGUGCUCGCUUACAGUGAAAAUGCCCCCGAAAUGCUUGACCUCAUGCCCCAGGCCGUUCCGUGCGUCGGGCAGCAAGACGUUUUAGGUAUCGGCACCGAUGCCCGCACCUUGUUCAACUCGGCCAGUUCCGUGGCUCUGGAAAAAGCCGCCGGAGCCCUCGAUGUCAGCAUGUUCAAUCCUAUCUCUGUCCAGUGCAAAAGCUCAGGGAAGCCUUUUUAUGCCAUCGUUCAUCGCAUUGAUGCCGGGUUGGUAAUAGACAUCGAACCUGUCCGGCCUUCGGAUCCUUCGGUCUCAGCAGCAGGAGCUUUGCAGUCCCACAAGCUCGCUGCGAAGGCAAUUGCCCGGCUACAAUCCCUUCCCGGUGGUGACAUAGGCCUGCUCUGUGAUACUGUCGUGGAGGAGGUUCGAGAGCUCACAGGUUACGACCGGGUUAUGGCAUACAAAUUCCAUGAGGAUGAACACGGAGAGGUUGUGGCGGAAAUAAGGCGGUCUGAUCUAGAACCUUAUCUUGGAUUGCACUACCCUGCCACUGACAUUCCUCAGGCGUCCCGAUUUCUGUUCAUGAAAAACAGAGUGCGUAUGAUAUGUGAUUGCUGCGCCCAGCCAGUUCAGGUCAUCCAAGACAAGGAGUUGAGGCAACCUCUCAGUCUGGCCGGUUCCACUCUGAGAGCCCCUCAUGGCUGCCAUGCUCAGUACAUGGGAAAUAUGGGAUCGAUAGCGUCUCUGGUCAUGGCAGUGAUAAUCAACGUCAACGAUGAGGAGUACAGCAGCCGGGGUUACCACCACAAGGGCAGGAAGCUAUGGGGCCUUGUAGUCUGUCACCACACAACUCCUCGAUCAGUUCCUUUUCCAUUGCGUUCAGCCUGUGAAUUCCUCAUGCAGGUAUUCGGCCUGCAGCUGAACAUGGAGGUCGAACUCGCAGCUCAAUUGAGAGAAAAACGCAUCCUCCGCACGCAGACGCUCUUGUGUGACAUGCUGCUUCGCGAUGCCCCGAUUGGAAUUGUUUCUCAGUCACCUAACAUAAUGGACCUCGUAAAAUGCGACGGAGCUGCGCUUUACUACGGGAAGCGAUACUGGGUUCUCGGCACCACUCCGACGGAAUUGCAGAUUAAGGACAUUGCUGAUUGGCUUCUCGAGUACCACAAAGACUCCACAGGCCUGAGCACCGAUAGCCUCGCAGACGCUGGCUACCCAGGCGCCGCAUCCUUAGGUGAUGCGGUUUGCGGAAUGGCUGCAGCAAGGAUCACUUCGAAGGACUUUCUCUUCUGGUUCAGGUCUCACACAGCCAAGGAGAUCAAGUGGGGAGGUGCAAAACAUGACCCAGAUGACAAGGAUGAUGGUAGGAAAAUGCACCCGCGUUCUUCAUUCAAAGCCUUUUUGGAGGUUGUGAAACGCAGAAGUUUGCCCUGGGAAGAUGUGGAGAUGGAUGCUAUCCAUUCUUUACAACUCAUACUCCGCGGCUCAUUCCAAGAUAUUGACGAUAGUGACACGAAGACGAUGAUUCAUGCCCGUCUCAAUGACCUCAAGUUACAGGGCAUGGAUGAGCUUAGUACAGUAGCCAACGAAAUGGUUAGGUUGAUAGAGACAGCGACGGCACCAAUAUUGGCUGUGGACUCCAGUGGCUUCAUCAACGGAUGGAAUGCGAAGGUAGCGGAACUUACGGGGCUUCCAGUAAGCGAAGCUAUGGGAAGGUCGUUGGUGAAGGAUCUUGCACUUGAGGAGUCCGUGGAGACCGUGGAAAGACUUCUCUACCUAGCGUUGCAAGGUGAGGAGGAGCAAAAUGUCGAGAUCAAGCUUCAAACGUAUGGCGCUCAGAAGGAUAAAGGAGCCGUUAUUUUGAUCGUGAAUGCUUGCUCGAGUAGGGAUGUAACUGAGAACGUCGUUGGGGUGUGUUUCGUGGGUCAGGAUGUGACUGGGCAAAAAGUUGUGAUGGACAAGUUUACUCGCAUUCAGGGUGACUAUAAGGCAAUUGUGCAAAAUCCGAAUCCCCUGAUUCCGCCAAUAUUUGGCUCCGAUGAGUUCGGAUACUGCUCGGAGUGGAAUCCGGCAAUGGAGAAGCUGUCAGGCUGGAAGAGGGAAGAAGUAAUCGGGAAGAUGCUCGUCGGAGAAAUUUUUGGCACCCAGAUGAUGUGCUGCAGGUUGAAAGGCCAAGAUGCCAUGACGAAGUUCAUGAUUGUCUUGAACAGUGCCAUGGAUGGGCAAGAUUCAGAGAAGUUUCCAUUUUCUUUCUUUGACCGGCAAGGAAAGUUUGUGGAAGCACUUCUCACCGCGAAUAAACGAACUGAUUCUGAAGGUGCCUUUACUGGCGUAUUUUGUUUCUUACAAAUUGCAAGCAUGGAGCUGCUCCAAGCCUUAACUGUGCAGAGAGCAACGGAGAAGGUUGCUUUCUCCAAGUUGAAGGAGCUAGCCUACAUCCGGCAGGAGAUCAAGAAUCCCCUGUACGGAAUUAUGUUCACCCGAAAUCUGAUCGAGGAUACCAACCUAACUGAGGAGCAAAAGCAGUUCAUAGAAACGAGUGCUCUUUGCGAGAGGCAGUUACGAAGGAUUUUGGAUGACAUGGACUUGGAAAGUAUCGAAGACGGGUAUCUGGAGCUCGACACUGCAGAGUUCAUCAUGGGUACGGUCAUGGAUGCAGUUAUUAGUCAAGGCAUGAUCACAUCCAGAGAAAAGGGGCUACAAUUAAUCUGGGACACCCCUAGAGAUUACAAAAACCUGUGUCUAUUUGGAGAUCAGGUUCGGUUGCAGCAGGUGUUGGCGGACUUCUUAUUGAAUGCUAUUCGAUUUACCCCCUCAUCAGAGGGCUGGGUAGGAAUCAAGGGAGUGUCUUCCAGACAUCGACAAGGUGGAGGUGUACACGUUGUUCAUUUUGAGUUCAGGGUAACACAUCCAGGAGCUGGGCUGCCGGAAGAAUUAGUUCAAGAGAUGUUUGAUCGAGGACGGGGCAUGACACAAGAAGGUUUGGGCCUUAAUAUGUGUCGGAAGUUACUCAAACUCAUGAGUGGGGAUGUGCAGUACAUUCGUGAAGCUGGUAAGUGUUAUUUCCUUGUAAACGUUGAGCUACCUAUAGCUCAAAGAGAUGAUGCUGGCAGUGUGAAAUAAGUACGAAUUUCCAGCAGUGGAUGUUGGACCAUUUUUACAGACAUGGCACGAGGUUGUGAAUUAUGCACUUUUUUGGGAUUCUGAGAGCAGCUCAUAGAAGCGGAGUGGACAUUAAUUCUCCAUUUCCCUCAUGAGCGGUUACAAAUCAAGCAGGAUGUGAGGGCUGAACGGAGCUUUCAUUACCGCGAAAGUUGCAUCAAGCUCACAUUCAGGAUCAUUUUCAUUGUCAAUACACGUUGCAGAACCCCCAAGUAGCCGGGUGACUUGAAAGGUCAGCUUUUUAGAAACUUAGAAUGCCAUUCUGAUAUUGGCCAGGCAUAAAUUAUGUUUCACUUUAUUGGUAUGGCCUUCUAAGUCUGUAUUGUACAACCAAGUUCAAGUGUCGAGUCAUGGACACGGUAGUGUAGGUUGAAACCUGGCAAGAGUUUCAUGCUAUUAAAUUAUUGCAUCGUAUGUACAUUAGCUCCUUAGCUGGGCUUUUCAAUGGCAGAAAGUUGUUCCUGCUCAUCAGGACGCUGUCAUGGUCACCCGAGCCCUCAGCGUAGCGUUUUGGAGCUUCAUAAAUUCUGGCCCAACUACUGUGCCCUGACCCGGGACCAGAGAAGUUGUUAACCAUUGAUCAGAAAAGUUGAAAUCUUGC